AUGCCACCGACACGGCUUCGGCGGGUGCCGGUGCUGUUUGGCGCACUGCACAUGGAGCCCGAGCACCGCGAGUGGUUCCUGCAGGACACCUGUGUGAGUGCGGCAUUGUUGUUGGUGUUGUUCUUUGGCUUCAAGGCCUACUACAGACACGCAACGCCCAGCAAGACAGCGCGGGGCCUCUCCUGGUUUCUGGCAACGGUGGCUGCUGUCGUGCAGUCAUCCCUUGGCGCAGGCUACGCCCUGCAGGUGCUGCGUGACCCCGACGGUGCAGCGGACACCGUGUGGGGCGACGACCGCGUCUCCCGGCUCUCCGUGACGUUCUUCGGCGUGUUCCUGGUUGUUGAUCUUGUGUUGGGGGUUCUGUUCUACCGCAAGUACGUCGACUGGCUGUCAGGAUGGCUGCACCACGUGCUGUACCUGCUGCUGGUGUGGACGCUGCUGGAGCACAAUGCGACGGGCGCUCUCAUGCCGCCGUUUCUCGAGGAGAUUCCGACGGCGCUGCUGGGCUUGGGCAACAUGUUCCCUGCGCUUCGGCAGGACCUGCUGUUUGGCUUCACCUUCUUCACCACCCGCAUCCUGUUCCACGUCUGGUACACGGUGUACCUGGUGUCCUUCUACCUGGGGCUACGCCGCACGUUGGCGUACCAAGACCACCCUGCGAUGCUUGCCUCGUGCGUGGCUGUGGUUGCCGCCACCCUCAUGCACAUUGUCUGGUUCUCGUCCUGGUGUCGUCAUCUUCCGCGCUACCUCUCCGCUUCUUCCAAAAAGCGUCGAUGA